GGCCCCACCCGGUGCGGCAGCAGGGCCCGCGGCGCGCGGACAAUACCGGCGGCGGCUCGGCCUCCAUCGGCUCCGCUCGGCACCGCUCGGCCUCGAUCGGCUCCACCCCGACUAGCCCCGCCCCGACUCGGCCUCGCUCGGCUCCACUCGGCCUCGCUCGGCCCUGCCCGGCCCGGCCGCGCUCGGCUCGGCUCGGCCCCGCUCGGCUCGGCCCGGCCCGGCGCGGCUCCGCUUUGCUCGGCCCGGCCCGGCUCGGCUCGGCUCCGCUCGGCUCAACUCGGCCCCGCUCAGCGCGGCCCGGCCCGGCCGGCAUCAUGCUGGCGCUCUUCAACAAGCUGCUGGACUGGUUCCGGGCGCUGUUCUGGAAGGAGGAGAUGGAGCUGACCCUGGUGGGGCUGCAGUACUCGGGCAAGACCACCUUCGUCAACGUUAUCGCGUCAGGACAGUUCAAUGAGGACAUGAUCCCUACAGUGGGUUUCAACAUGAGGAAGAUCACCAAAGGGAAUGUUACCAUAAAGCUCUGGGACAUCGGGGGACAGCCGCGGUUCCGCAGCAUGUGGGAGCGAUACUGCCGUGGAGUGAGUGCCAUCGUGUACAUGGUGGAUGCUGCUGACCAGGAGAAGAUAGAGGCCUCUAAGAACGAGCUGCACAACCUGCUUGACAAGCCACAGCUGCAGGGCAUCCCGGUCCUCGUCCUGGGGAACAAGCGGGACCUGCCCGGUGCCUUGGAUGAGAAGGAGCUCAUUGAGAAGAUGAACCUCUCUGCCAUCCAGGACCGAGAGAUCUGUUGCUACUCCAUCUCCUGCAAAGAAAAGGACAACAUUGACAUCACCCUACAGUGGCUUAUCCAGCACUCGAAGUCCAGGCGAAGCUGAGGUCCCGCGGGCCUGGCUCGGAUUGGGAAGAUGCCAUUGUCCAAGCCCAUGCCCCUCUCUCCUGCUCUGUCCCUCCAGCUCUCUCUCUAGAUGGGUAUUUUUAGGGGACCCCAGACUCUGCUGACAUUGGGGCAGAGUCCUUGUUUUUAUUGUAAAGAAGAUGUCCGACUGCCCUCCUCUCCCCCUUCCUCUCCUCCCCCCUUCCUCCAUUUUGGCACUGUUCUGUUGUUGUCUGUGUAUACAGUAUAUAUAUAUGUAUAUAUAUUUUAAUUUUUUAAUUUAAGGGAUAGUGCUGUUAUUAAAUUGGGCCCUGUGAGCAGUAGGAAAGCUGGGGCUCCCCAAGGCCAGCCAAGGGUCAGUGUUGGGAGGAGGAGGAGGGUGGUAGCAGAAGGCAGCCCGUGGGGAUGGGGCUGUGCCAGCUGCAGGCAUGUCCCCUGGGGCUCCCUUUUCCCUUCUCUGGGUGUCCUGCUGCUGCCUCCAGGCAGAGACCACCCUAGGGGUGUUGGGGGGUGCCCACCUUGCCCUGCUUGCCUCAGGUUUGGGGGGUGGGGGGGACGUGUCAAUGCCACCUGCAGGCUCCUCACCCCUCCGGGGGACAGGGACUCGCCACAAGCCACUGCCAUCAGCCUCCCCCUACUGCCUCCACUUCCCCAGCCUCUCUUUGGGGUCGAGGGCUACUUGUCCCCCUGCCCCAUGAGUCCCCUGCUCUUGUGCCUGGCCAAAUCCUGCCCACUGCCCAGCCUGGCUGCUCGGGGAUGAUCUGGGGCAUUGGUACCAGUGCUGGGGGCCCAGCAAUGCCAGCAGCCCCUGGGGGAGCUGGGGCUGGCACCUGCCUCCCACCUGUCUGUCCCAGGCUGCCUCUCAGGAGAGCUGUGCUGGCUCCCCACGUGCCAAGUGGCAUCACCUGUGCCCGGCUGGGGCUGCUGGCUCUGCCCUGGCCAGGGACAUCCCUUGGGAUGCCAGAGAAGGAGGGACACGUGGAGGCACCUGGAGACAUGCUCAGAAAUAUCUGUGCACCCUCAGUGCUGCUCACCAGACCCAGGGGUGUGUGCUGUGCCUGCUCCCCAUGUCCUGCUCCCCAUGUCCUGCUCCCCAUUCCCUGUUUCUCAUUCCCUGCUCCCCAUGCUUGCACCACAUUCCUGCUCGCUGUGCUGUCUGUGCCUGCUCCCUAUUCCCUGCUCCCCACUCCCCAUACCCGGCUCCCCAUUCCCUGCUCCCCAUUCCCUGCUCCCCAUUCCCUGUUCCCCAUUCCCCACUUCCCAUGCCCUGCUCCCCAUUCCCUGCUCCCCACUCCCCAUUCCAUGCUCCCCCUGCUCUGCUGCCCUGGCUGGGGGGCACAGGAGCCGUGGGGCAGGGCCAGCAGGGCUUGUGGGGACGAUGGUCAGGUCUGUGUGUGCACAGGGGGGACUGUGGAAGUCCUGUGGUGUGACAAAGGCUGUGGCUGUGCCAUGUCUGUGCCAUGGGCUGGGGCUCUGAGGUGCAGCCUGGGGCCUGGCCAGGUUGUUUGGGGCCAGUCUGGGGGACUGGGCUGGCACUGGAGGCUGGGUGUGCAGGGGAGGCAGCUGCUGGUCCCAGUGCAGGGCUGGGGCACAGGGUGGGGAUGGCCAGGGGGGCUGCAGGGCCCCCUCAGCCUCUCCCCACUCAGCUCCAGGGUGUCAGGCCAGGAAUUUACCUUCUGUUCUUGUUUUUGCAGAAUUGCACAAAGAGAGGUUUUUUUUUUUUUUUGGUUUUUUUUUUUUUGUUUUUUUUUUUAAUUUAACAACUUGUAAAGUGUUGUCUCCCUCCCACCCCCCACCUUUUUUUUUUUUUGUAAGAGAUAUUUUGACUCAGAUUUGACCUCUGUUGGGAAAUGAUUCUUGUAACUGUACAAUUUUUUUUGCCUCCUAAUAAUAAAUUAACAAUUUUGCGUUG